AUGGAAGAAGAAACCCCCCUUUAUGGAAUCGAUAAAGAGAUUCAAGCCAGAAUUGACUCUAAAUAUUCUGUCGAACGUGAACAAGAAGCUAGACAAUGGAUGGAGGAAAUUAUUGGCGAGAAGUUCCCUAGUGACGAUUUUGCCGAGAGUUUAAAAGACGGUGUCAUUCUGUGCAAGGUCAUUGGUAAAUUAGUUCCCGGACAAGGUAGAUUCAAGCAAUCUAAAAUGCCCUUCAUCCAAAUGGAAAAUAUCUCAAUUUUCUUACGGGGAGCUGAGGCCUUGGGAGUACCAAAGCACGAUCUUUUCCAAACAAUUGAUUUAUUCGAAAAGAAAAACAUGACACAAGUGAUCGACUCUAUUUUUGCAUUAUCGAGAUAUGGAUAUAAAGCUGGAACAUCACCUACUUAUCUCGGCCCUAAGCUUGCUGAUAAGCAAAAAGGCACCUAUUCAAAAGACGCUGCCAAUGCUGCCAAUGCGACAUUCAACACGUAUCAAUAUGGAUAUACAGGAGGAGCAAACCAAUCUGGUAUGAGCUUUGGUCAACGUCGUAAUAUUGCAGGAAACGAUCCUUAUGCCCAAUACAAAUAA